AACAACUUUCUUCUCUUCCAAUAUUUUCUCCUCCUAAAUUCUCUUCUUCAGUUCUUGAAAUGGCUAAGCAGUACUUUCUCCUGCUGAAUCUGAUAGCAGUAACUUUCUGCUGUGUUGUGUUAGCUUUUGAGCCAAGUCCAUUGCAAGAUUUCUGUGUGGCUGAUCCUGCUAGCCCAGUUAAGGUAAAUGGUUUAGCUUGCAAAGAUCCCAAGUCUGUUGAAGCAGAGGACUUUUUUUUCUGUGGCCUACAUUUGGCUGGAAACACAUCAAACACUUUUGGUUCUAAAGUCACUCCUGUUAAUGUAGCUCAAGUACCAGGACUGAACACUCUCGGUAUUUCACUAGUUCGCAUUGACUAUGCACCAUGGGGAAUUAACCCUCCUCACACUCACCCAAGAGCUACUGAAAUACUCACAGUCCUUGAAGGUUCUCUUCAAGUUGGUUUUGUAAUUUCAGAUCCUGAAAAUCGCCUUAUUACUAAGGUCCUUAAAAAAGGUGAUACGUUUGUUUUUCCUAUUGGACUUGUUCACUACCAACGGAACGUGGGAUAUGGAAAUGUUGUUGCUAUUGGUGCUUUGAGUAGUCAGAAUCCUGGUGUUAUAAGCAUUGCUAAUGCUGUUUUCGGAUCGGAGCCAGCUAUAGAAACAGAUGUUCUUGCCAAGGCUUUUCAAGUAGAUAAAAGCGUAGCCACACUGAUACAAUCAAAAUUUUAAGCAGCAAGUUUACUUCCAGGACAUAUGUUGACAGCAUUUGUGUUUUGUCUGUGAUGAUGAUGGAGUGAGACAUUUAUUUUUGUUUACUGUGUGAUUAUCUAUUUGUUUUAGAGCAUUUAUGUUGUAUGAACUUUAA